AUCCAAUAAGUUUAUUCUUUUUUGAAAUUUUUUACCUGUUUUACCUUGAAAAUUUGGUUCUGUAUGUAUUUAAUUAUAUUAAAAAGAAAAGAAAAAAUUUAAAAUUUAUCUUUUCUAAGGUUUUAUCAUUUAAUGAUCAACAAAUUUGAAAAUCGAAAAACAGUUCGAUAUUCAACAAUUAUUCAAGAUAAUCAAUAUAUGAAAGAACUUUUAUUAUUAAAAGAUAAACAAACUACAGACAUAUCAACAUCAACUACUCUAAGAUAUUUUUAUUAUUUUUCAAACGCGAUCUACAAGGAAUGUUGAAGCAUAGAAGUAGAAGUUUGGACCUCUCUCUCUCUCUCUUUCCCAAUAUAAUCGUCAGAUCCAAGUCAAUAUCGUUCCAACACUGAGAUGCAUUAGCACUAGGUGAAAUUUCAUAAACUGAAACAUAUUUAUUGAUUAAUCGCUUCUUUUAUAAUAUCAACAGCUUCAUCGUGUUUCAUAUUGUAAUUCUGCAUUUUUUUUUUCUUUAUAUUGAGAAUCGAUCUUCUUUAACAAAUACUUUACGUGGUAUAACAAAUGAAGAAAAACUUAAUAAUCUUUGGCUUAAAAUGCAAAUUACUGUUAAUUCUAUAUUUGAUAGUUCAUUAGAUAAUCGAAGUGGUGCUCGAGUAGCCAAAGGUAUUCGACAAGUUAUUGAAAAAAAAGAAGGUUUAUUUCGUAUGUAUAUGAUGGGUAAACGUGUAAAUUAUGCUGAUCGAUCAGUAAUAUCACCUGAUCCAUUUAUUGCAAUUUAUGAAGUUGGAAUACCUGAAAUAUUUGCAAAAAAAUUAACUUAUCCAGAAUUAGUUACACCACAUAAUGUUUAUGAAUUACGUCAAUUAAUUCUUAAUGGACCAGAGGUUCAUCCUGGAGCAAAUUUUGUUGAACUUGAAGAUGGAACAAUUCGUCGUUUAUUACCAAAUAAUUUAUCUCAACGAACAGCUGUUGCUAAACUUUUAUUAACAAGAGAAAAACAACAUAGUGAUACAAGUUUGAUGUUUACAAAAAAAGUUUAUCGACAUCUUCGAACCGGUGAUUAUGUUCUUGUUAAUCGUCAGCCAACAUUACAUCGACCAAGUAUACAAGCUCAUAUGGCUCGAGUAUAA